CCAUUCUCAUGAGUCUCCUGCCUCCCACACACUGGACCCCAGGGAUCAGUAACAAAGAGAAUAGGAACCCAUGCCCUGUCCUGUUCUUGCGUGUUUCCUCCCUUCCUCCUUUGAUCCCUUUCUGCAUCAGAUCUGGAUCCCCCACAGCCCUCUUCCUGGCAUUGCCAUCUCCAGUUCUAGGUCAGUAGAGCCUGGGGUCUUGGGGGCUGUAGGCAGAGGGACCUCGCCUAAUACCCACAGCUGUAUUCAAGGCCUUUGUGGUAGGCAGUCUUCAGGUCCCGCCAUUUCUCCAUAGCACAUGGAGUUCAGAAAGCAACAGGACCUGGACAACAUCCUUUCGUGGAAGCCCUCAGAGGUGAUCCAACUGUACGACUCUGGUGGUCUGAGUGGCUAUGACUACGAAGGCUGCCCCGUGUGGUUCGACAUCAUUGGGAACCUUGACCCCAAGGGUCUUCUCCUGUCAGCCUCCAAGCAGGAGCUUAUCCGGAAGCGCAUCAGGGUCUGUGAGCUGCUUUUGCGGGAGUGUGAGCUGCAGAGUCAGAAGUUGGGCAGGAAGAUUGAGACGGUGCUGAUGGUGUUUGACAUGGAGGGGCUCAGCCUGAAACACCUGUGGAAACCAGCUGUAGAGGUCUACCAGCAGUUUUUUGCCAUCCUGGAAGCAAAUUAUCCUGAGACGAUAAAGAAUUUAAUUGUCAUUCGUGCCCCCAAGCUGUUCCCCGUGGCCUUCAACUUGGUCAAAUUUUUCAUGAGUAAGGAAACGCAAAGGAAGAUAGUGAUUCUGGGAGGCAACUGGAAGCAGGAGCUGCCAAAGUUCGUCAGCCCUGACCAGCUGCCCGUGGAGUUUGGGGGGACCAUGACUGACCCUGAUGGCAACCCCAAGUGCCUGACCAAGAUCAAAUACGGGGGCGAUGUGCCCAAGAGCUACUACCUGCGUAACCAGGUGAAGACACAAUAUGAGCACACGGUGACUGUGGCCAGAGGCUCCUUCAUGCAGGUGGAGAACGAAAUCCUGUUCCCAGGCUGUGUGCUCAGGUGGCAGUUCGCAUCAGAAGGGGCAGACAUCGGCUUUGGGGUUUUCCUGAAGACCAAGAUGAGUGAGCAGAAGCAGGAAGGGGACAUGGUGGAGGUGUUGCCCAUCCAACGCUGCAAAGCCCAUGUGGUCCCUGAGGACGGGAGCCUCACCUGCCUCAAGGCCGGCGUCUGUAAGAGCUGUAGGAUUCACUGGAGUCGCCUUCCUCCUUAUGGCCGAGAAAUGAGCCUCUUGCCUAGGCUGUCCCGCUUGCCCUCUUUUUCCUGCUCUCGGGGAGGGGGAGGGAGUCUCUGCAAGUUACUAGAUCCGGUAGCGGCUGGGGGAACUGGCUUCAGGAUGCUAGGUCUGGGGAGUAGCCCCUGGGUAUGGGUAACAGGGCAGAGAGGCAUUUUAGAGAGUGGGAUUCACAGCCUGAAGCCCCAGACUCAGCUCCUGGGAACUCCUUACACAGCACUCAACAGGCUGAGAGACAGGUAAAUAAACGUGGGCUACCCUCUAGGGGUCCCCGGCUGCCCAGGGGCAUAGGCAGGUCCUUGUGGGAAUCCCAAAGAGAGGAUUCCUCCAUGUGCUUAUCCUUCAUUCUCAGGCCAUCCAAGAUAGAUGCAAUUAAGUUUGUCUCUCCAGAAGCCGCACUCCCUAGGGACAGCACUGACCUGCCUCUCUUGGGAACAGAGCUAGGAGAAGGGAAACCCAGAGUUGAGGAGCAUGAGGUUUACUAAUGCUCUGGUUAACACGUAUCUAGUUCACCUUUGUGGAGAGGGAGAAUCAGAAAGGUGGAAACCCAGAAAUUUGGAUGACUCAUCACAUCCCAGAGUUCCCUUUGCACCUUGGCAUCGAAGGGAAUGCCUUCUUUGAAAGGCACGAAGGGAAAGCGGCUUGUGGAGCUCAGCCCUUUCCCCUGGGGAGAGCAGGGCUCCUCUCUCGGUUGGAGCAUCAGGAUAAGGGAAUCCUGGUCCUUCCCUUCCUUGCUCUGUACUCAUUGGGAAGUCCUCUCCACCUCUGUAGCCUCAGCUUCCUUAUCCUGAAAAUGGGGAUGAUAGUAUUCCAUGGGGCUGCUUUGAGGGUUUGGAAAGCCGGGAGCGCCAAUGGGACGCCUGACACAUAGACGGGGCUGCCGGAUGCUGGUGGUUAUUCCUUUCAUUAGCCCAAGGCGAUGGCUUAGGCAGUGGGCGCUGGGAGCGGGGCAGUGGCCAACCCUCUGGCACCACCUGCAGUCCUGGGCCCCUUGCCAAGGGCACUACGCAUGCAAAUAUGUCAGGUUGGCUUUGCGGGAUGACUUCUCCACCCUUGCAGAUAUCCUGCACUUUGACAACACCUAUAGCCUGAUGCACGCCAAGAAGGUCAGCUACACUGUGGA